GUUUGUCAGAAUAUGGGUAGGAAAACGAAGAAGCUGCACAUGUAUUCCACGUGAAAAAGUACAAACCAUGGCACCAGUACAGCAGGAACUAGAGAUUAACCUCGCUCAAAGACUAGCAUCAAACGAAAAGUCUAUUAGGUCUAAAGCCUUAAAGACGCUCAGGAAGUAUAUUAAUCUCCGAUCACAAAAAAUCGAAGGUGGUUUUACGGCUGAAGAUUUGCUGAAGAUAUGGAAAGGACUUUUUUACUGCCUGUGGAUGCAGGACAAGCCUCUUAUGCAGGAGGAAAUUUCACACACAAUCUCUGGCCUGAUUCAUAGAUUCCACACUACAGACAACCAGCUACUCUAUUUUGCAACGUUUCUUCAGACUGUAAAGAGAGAAUGGAAUGGCAUUGACAGACUUCGCAUGGACAAAUUUUUCCAGCUGGUUCGCUUCAUGUUCCGACAAGUGUUCGAGAUUCUUAAGAGAAGGGAAUGGGAGUUCAGUGUGGUAAAUCAGUUUUUACAGAUUUUCACAAAGCAGCUUUUGCAGAACACUGAACAUGUACCAAAAGGACUGAUGCUGCACAUUCUGGACCUUUACAUGAAUGAGUUGGCUCAGGUCGGCUCCGCUGAGCUGACAGCUGAACAGAACCUGACUUUCAUCGACCCAUUUUGCAAAACCAUGGCCAAGACCAAAGAUCGCUUGCUGUUGACCUUCAUCUCUAAGAACAUCUUUAGGACUAUUGUGGAUCAUGCUCCUUAUGCAAUUGAAGACCUGAUGAGGGAGCUGCAGCAUGCAGGAGGCGAUGAUUCAGACUCUGAUCAGGCGUCUAGUGAGGUGGAGGAAGAAGAAAUAGUAAAGAAAGGGGAGCUGAAGAACAUGGCACCCAAAGAGACUAAAGUUAAAAAGGUUAACGGAACCCCUGAAGUAGUGGAAGACAGCAAAGGAAGUAAAGGUGACCUGGAUUUGGACAGCAUGGACACAGAAGAAAAUGAUGUUGGUCCUGUUCUACAGUUUGACUAUGGUGCAUUAGCUGAUCAUCUUUUUGAAUUGGGAAGCCGCUCGAAUACACAGAGCAGGAACCGCACAACAAUGUAUAGCUUGGUGAAGACUUUUCGUGAUUUAAGUGCAGGAAUUUUCCCUCAAAUAAAGGAUAAUUGUGACCUGAGUGAUAGAUCAGAUGAGGAGUUAUUUGAUGAUAAAAAAAGCGAAAAGAAGAAAAGAAGAAAUGAGAGCCCCAGAACUGGAGAUGAAAUGGUGGCUAAGAAGAGCAAAGCAGCUUGCCAAGAUAAAGAGAAGCCAUGUGCAUUGUUAAGCCAACCCACAAAGAACUUAAAGAAAACAAAGAAAGGUUUUGAAGAGAAUAAAGAAUUUACUGAUACAGACAAAGCCAUGGACACAUCACAUAUUCCACUGGAGACAGGUGGAACUCCAAGAGAGCAAGAUUUGAGAAAGAAAGGCGUGGUUGACGGCCAGCUGAAGUUCUCGGAAAUAGCUGAUCAUGAAACAGUGUCCCAGUGUAUGGAAUCAGACUCGCAACACCACCUGGAGGCUGGUAUCAGUUUAAAAAAGAGGAGGAGAAGUAAAGUCUUAAAAAAAAUCUCAAAGAAUCUGCGAGAAGGAACACAUGAAUUCCAUCUUAAUUUAAAGGAAUCUGAGGGAGAACCACAUACUGAUGUUUGUGAAGAAGCUGUGAUGAAGCAGACAAGUUUCAAACCAAUGUCAGGCAUUAGGUGCACUGAAACUAGCACAGAUAUAAAUGGAUUAGGCCAGAGCUAUGCAAAUCAUAAGCCUGAAAUGACAUCACAUUUAGCAGGUUCUGUGGAAACUCAACAGGCUAAAUGUGGUAUUUUUCUUACUCAGGAGAAAACUAAGAAUAAAAAGAAAAAGAUGAUGAGUGUGGUAGAGAAAAUGAACCCAGAAAUCAGUGGAUUAAUUCUGGAAAAUACAUCAGAAGAGAUUUCUCUCCAGAGCCAGUUGGAGACUUCAGCAGUAGCAUUUUAUAAAGAACACAAUGCUAGAGAGAAGUUCAGAAAGCAGUACACACCACAGAAAGUGGACAAGGAUGACAAUGCAGCACAAACUCAACUAGGGACAAGUGCCUCUCAAAAAAAGGUGAAAAGGAAAAAACUGAAAUCCAGCUCGGAGGAGGAAGCAAUUAGAUCUAUUUUAGAAGACACCAAUCAACACAACAAUGACGAGAUCAGCAGACAUUCCUAUCCUACAUCUGAGGAAGAUUGCGCAACACAGUCUAGACUGAUGGCACGUGCUACCAAGAAAAAAAAGGGAAAGGGCAAACAGACCUUUUCAAAUCAGGAGAUCUCAAAGCUGAAAACCAGUCAGCCACAACAUGGAAAAAAAAUAAAAUUGAAGCAACAAGAAAGUCAGCCUGUAGAAGAAACAAAAGAAAACCCCAUUUUUGAAAAUGCUGCAAACGAGAAUGCAGAAUCAGUUGUACCAGAUCACUCUACUGAAAUGAACUCCGUUACCCCAAUGAAAAAUGGAAAAAAGAAAAGAAAGCUACAGACAGAUGAGGCAGUAAUGUCUCAAAAUAAUGAACAUGUAGGAAACGAGAUGGGUGGAAAGAAAUAUAAAAUCAGGGGCAUUGUAACCCACAAGAAGCUGAAGAUGGGAAAAGCCUCUCCAAAAUCUGACUUUGUCUCAUUUCAGGGUCUAAUAAAACCCCCAACUCCACUUUUCUGUAAAACCAAACCAAAGCACAGCACACCUCUGACCAGCAUCAAGAAAUUCCAAACAUUGAAGACUGAAAAUAAGAAAGUGACCUUUGGGCUCAAGAACAAUAAAACCACUGAAUUUAAGAAGACUGACAGGAGCUUGUUGGUAAGUCCUGUUGGGUCAUCUCGUGUGGCCUUCGACCCUAAGAAGAUGCCUAUGUCAGGGGUUCUGAAGUCAACUUCACUGUCUCCAGUACUGACUGUGAAAAAUAAACCUGCAGCUAAGAAAAGAGCAACAGCAGCAGAUUUCUUUUAAAACCAUAUAUUGUGUGAAAGGUCUUCAUUUCCUAAUGUCAUUUAGAUUUGGGAUAUGUUGCUUUAAUUAAACUCAAUUCUCAGAGUUUAAUCUGACUGACAUACAAUAAAAUCUAUGGCAUUCAAUAAAAACAAAAUACAUUCAAUAAAAAUUGUAAAUGAGACACCUGUUUGCCACUUUUUAUUCAUACAGCAAAUUAGAUGAAAGUGAACAUAUAUAAACUCUGAGCAUAAACACUUCAACCUUGUAUUGACUUUUAGUGCAAAUGUAACUUGUUUUAAGAAGUCUGUGCGAGAAGCUAAGAAGUUUUCAGCUGAACUGAUGUUUGUAUCUUUAUCUCAUGACUUUAAUAAAAGCAUCUUGUUUGGUAAA